GGAAACAUCCUCCCCAUAUUCAUUCAGUGUAACCCUAUCAGAACUUUGUUGCCGGUGUGUGUUUUGCGGCAGUGAGCAGGCCGAGCCGGAGCGGGAGCGGCGGGCAGCGGGCAGGGACCUGGCGGCGGUGUGGCCGGGCCCGGGACCCGGGAUGUGGAGGAGGGCGGCGGCGGCGGCGGCCGUCCUGUCCCGCACACACGGGGCGGCCCCUGUCUGCAGGAGUCUCCCGCAGUUCGCUCCGGAACAGCGGCCGGUGGGUCGGCAGAGCGGGCGAUGCGCUUCCAGUAACCCGAGGGAGAGCGAAAGGCCCGCGCGGGAUGGAGCGGUGACAGUGCGGGAAGGUGAAGGACGCCCAGCUUUCAAAUUACCAGGACACAAACCUUCAAGUUUUGAUAAAAAGUUUUUGAUAUGGACUGGUCGUUUCAGAAGAGAGGAGGAUAUUCCAGCAGAGGUUUCGGUUGAGAUGAUCCAUGCUGCAAGGAACAAGAUAAGAGUGAAAGGCUGUUAUUUAAUGGUGGUCAUGACCAUUAUAGGUUGCAUUGGAACAAUCAUUUCAGGAAAGAAGGCUGCAAAGAGACAAGAAUCGCUGACAGCCAUGAAUAUGGAAAAGAAAGCCAAGUUGAAAGCGAGUCAGCAAGAAGUAAAGGUUACAAAAAGCCAGUAAUGGGAGUAUGGACUGAAACAGAAAUGGGUCCCAGUUAACUCUGCAUUCGUGUAUGGAUACAUUGUAUAUUAGUGGUACAAAGUAUUUUGCUGCAUAAACAUCAGGCUCCCUAGAAAUGUAACCAAUUUAUAAAAUAAUAAUAUUGCCUAAAUGGUAUAUUUAAGAAAUGUUCAUGAAAGCUGACAAGAUAACUUAUGUACACAGAAAUGUUACGUACAGAAUUGUUAUUACCUUUCCUGCAGCUAACCUGUUUGCAUUUCAGCUGUCUUGUUGUCAUUAAAGAUCCAGAACCAUGUAAGAGUAAUAGCUGCUUUGCUGACAAGUUCUGUAUGUGAAACACAUAAAAUGGAUGUCUUGUAGCAUGUGGAUCUUUUGCAUUAGAACUACCAAAUAUCAUCAUACACUGCUUUGCCAAAACGGUUGGUGAUAUAGAUAACAAAUGUACUGCAGGUGUUUUCUGUUUCAAAAAAUUCAAGAAAAACUGUCCUAGCUACACAGUCCCAAAUGUAAAAUGAAUUCUUUAAUAAAACCUUUGCUGAUGUUCUUAACUACUGUGCAAAGAUCCUGCUAUUUGGACUGAACAGGAAAGGCCUCUGCCUGUAUAGGGUUUGAUUGUCCAUGCACCUACUGUAUAAAAUACAAAUGGAAAAUUCAUGAUAAAUUUAAAGAUGAAGUGCAUACCUAUUUCUCCUAGGAUGUUUCAUGUUCAACAUUUUGCUUCAAUCAAUCUAAUUAAACUGUAAUUUAUACUGUAUAAACUGUACAGAAUCCUAAAAAAGUCAAUUUCCUGUAAAGGCAUAUUAAUAGGCAGGGUUACCCCUAUUGAGCAUGUCUACUGUUUAAUUACAUUUAUUUGAUGUCUUUUUAGAUCAGAAAUUAAAACACUAAAUAAAUUCCACCUGAGAUGUAAUUGUAAUAUAAUGGAAUUCUUGUUUUAUUCAAACUAGGAGUCAUUGUUAGGAACUAAAGUUUCUGGUGCCAAAUUUUCACAUGAAUCUUAAAAAGGAAUGGUACACUCAAGCAAUACAUGUUACUAGUGAAAGAUAGAGGAUACCUACCUUACAUUACAGUUGCUGAAUUCUGUGACUACCUUGGUUUUUCACUAACUGACUCUCCAUCUUACAGGUAAAAAGGCCUUUAUAUCAUGCCUCCUCUGUGAUCUUCACUAACUUAACACCAACUUGUAUUAGUUCUGCAUUAUAAUAAGUUGUCUUUGCAGUUAGAGAAAACAUUAUUGCAAAAGUGAUGGAUUCUUUGCAACAGAACUACCAAAUAUCAUACACUGCUUUGCCAAAAUGGUUGGUGAUAUAGAUAACAAUGUACUGCAGGUGUUUUCUGUUUCAAAAGAUUCAAGAAAAACUGUCCUAGCAACACAGUCCCAAAUGUAAAAUGAAUUCUUUAAUAAAACCUUUGCUUAUGUCCUUAA